UGGGCCUUAAAUGUAAAAUAUGCUAAAAUCUGCAUGCCAACGUAUCUUGUAUGGAUUCCUGCGCUGCCACAGAUGCAAGUCCACAAUGGUUAAUGUGGAUCAGUGCGCAGAGCAGAUUUGCCAGCUGGUCGAUCAGGCAGGCAAGCAACUGCUGGAGGCCAGCAAAGAGUUGCGCAAAUUUGAGACCAAGGCGCACAGCAGGGAUUUGGUCACGACUACAGAUGGCGCCAUUGAAAAGCAACUGAUGCAAGGCUUGCAGCUAAAGUUCCCCCAACAUGUUUAUAUAGGCGAAGAGGGCACGGCCGGCGCUGCCACUGGACGCAAACUAAGCGAUGCGCCCACCUGGAUUAUAGAUCCCAUUGAUGGCACCAUAAACUUUGUGCAUGGCUUUCCCUAUAGCUGCAUCUCAGUGGGCUUUUGGCUGAACCAGCAGCCAGAACUGGCCAUUUGCUAUAAUCCCUUGUUGCAGCAGCGCUUCACGGCGCGGCGUAACGCCGGCGCCUAUCUCAAUGGGCAACGCAUUAGAGUCAGCGGGCAGACGCAGCUGCAACGAGCGCUGAUUAUGCAUGAGCUGCAAGCGGCCAACUUCCCUAGAGAACUUAUUGAUAGACAGAUCUGCAAUGCUGAGCAAAUGAUGCUCAAGGCACACGCCCUACGCACCACUGGCUCUGCUGCAAUGAAUCUUUGCCUGGUCGCAUUGGGCGCUGCCGAUGGUUACUUUGAGUUCUUUCCUCACGCCUGGGACGUGGCUGCGGGCGUGUUGCUCGUGCGUGAGGCAGGUGGGGUCAUUAUCGAUCCAGCUGGCGGAGACUUUGAUAUCAUGUCGAGGCGUCUGUUGGCGACAGCCACACCACAGUUGGCACACCAAAUGGUGCAGGCCUUGGCUAACUGGCAAAUCUAUGAGCAGCGCGACGAUGUUUAAACAGCUCUGCAUUGACUGUCAGG